AUGGACAUUGAAAGUCAAAGAGAUCUACAUCGCUUAAGCAACGGACAAAUUGUGCUUUACUUCAACAAAGACCAAGCUGUAUUGUUUCCCGCAGAUUAUGAUUCUGAUUUUCAAAUUGAUGUUAUCCGGUAUUUUGGACCAAACCCUGUAUCGUUGCUUGGUGUAGAUCAUAUUCAGCGCGGAUACUCGGAAGAAUUAAAGCAAACAAUAUUUGAUAAAAUUCCAGAUAAUCCAUUACCUGGUAUUGCUGAUACUUUCCAAAAGGAGUUUGGCUCGCUUUUAGGAUCUAGCUUGGACGAUAAGAAGGAUACCGGACAGCGGGAGCAGGAAAUGACUGGUGAUGAGAACGACAUCGAUGAUAAACAUAUGCAACACUAUCUCGAAGCCGACUAUGAUCAGGAAACUUCUCAAACAACAUCAGAUCGAGAAGUUGAUCAUUUGAUUUUGUGUGUUCAUGGUAUCGGCCAGAUCUUGGGAAGCACAUAUGAAUCAGUUAAUUUUACCCAUAGUAUCAACGUGUUAAGAAAAAGUAUGAAAAAAGUGUUUGAAGAAAACAAAGAUUAUCAAAAGUUGGCUUAUGAAAAGGGGCAAGAAGAUAAGCUGAAUAAUAGGAUACAAGUGUUGCCCAUUUCCUGGAGACACCAGAUUGACUUUUCACCUAGAAGGACUGUAGAAGAGAACAAAGACAAUCGAUUACCGACAUUGUCACAAAUCAAUGUUGACGGCAUCAAAGCUUUGCGCAAUGUUGUUGGAGAUGUCAUCUUGGAUGUGCUCUUAUACUACCAGCCACAAUACUUGCACCAAAUUUUUAGUGCUGUCACUUCUGAGCUCAAUCGCGUAUACAAACUUUACAAGGAGAAAAACCCAAACUUUAACGGCAAAGUACAUAUAUUUGGCCAUUCUCUUGGUUCAUGUAUUGCAUUUGACAUUUUGGCCGAGCAGUCAGCAACGGCUUCCGGUGACACAACCGAUAUACUGAAGCACCUUGACUUUGAAGUUGAUAAUUUAAUACUUGCAGGAUCACCACUUGGCUUGUUUAAACUUUUGGAAGGUAAAAAUAUUGCAGCAAGAUCAAUGAUGGACUCAAGUUACGACCCAUCUAAAUCAAAAGAAGUAGCAGCACCCAAAUGCCGCAAUUUGUACAACUUGUUUCACCCAUGCGAUCCUGUAGCAUACCGCUUAGAGCCCAUGGUGUCUCCCAAAUUUGGAGAUUUCAAAGCCGUGCCAGUAAAUUUUGCAGUCAAAGGUUUGGAUAGCCAAAUCAAGGAACUUGCAAGCAUUGGUGAUGAAAUCUCGGAAAAGAUUUUGUCUGCAGCCAGAUGGCUCAACCUCACAAAGAAGGAUGGCAAUACUGCGAAAGAAAUUGCUAAAGCGCAAUCAAUUGAAGAGAAAGCACAAAGGGAAAAUGCAUUAGGCGAUUUGAUUACCAGCAUUGCCUUGUCAGAUUCCGAAGAGGUUGAAAAAUCAACUACAGAUUCUUCUAGCAAAUCCUCGAGUGACCGGAAAUUGACGAAAGAUGAAUUAAUACAACUCACAUCUUUAAACAACUCUGGAAGAAUCGAUUAUAGUUUACCAAUGGGUGUACUAGACUUCUCCCUUGUCUCGGCAGUGAGUGCACAUAUCUCGUAUUUUGAAGAUGAAAACACAGCUGGAUUUAUUUUAAAGCAACUUUUGUCUGAAAACCAACCAGCAAAGAAAACUGUUUCUUUAAAAUGA